GUGUUGCGUACAGGGUCAGAACACAAUGUAUCUCCCAUCCCUGCCGCCAGUUUGAAACCGAUCAUGAUCCUUUCUUUGUGAAAACCAGCUGUGUACAGGGAAUAGCGUCAUGCCACCCUUACAAGAACAAUUAUCGACCCACUGUGCCUUUCCACCCCGCCUCGCAUUCGCUUUCCAACGACAGCAUCGCGUGGCUGCAUCGAGGGUGACCUAGCCAGAUUGCGGGAGAGCGACCUUAAGCGUAACCUCACUGGUCAGUGAAACCUCAAUGCCGCGCCUAGGCCACAAAAAAAGCCGGUUGGGAUGCCGACAGUGCAAGACCCGCCACGUGAAGUGUGACGAGCUCAAACCUUGCACUAAUUGUGCAAGGCACGGCGUUCAAUGCAGUCUUAUCACGGACCCGCCUCCGUCCGCAGCGACGAGCAGUGGUAGCGUCGUUCCAAAACGAGACAAGCUUUCAGAUGAGCGUAACAGAACUGAUUCAUCUACAUCGUCACCCUCUUUGCUCAUCGACCAUGCUCUGCCUGGGGAUGGCGCCUCUGACGGGAGUUCUCCAAAUUCGCAGUCAGAUCAAUUUCCAUUUCUGAGACCCUUUGUCCACAAACCUUCGACUGAUCAGUCAAAUCUCUGGGUCCGGGAUAUAGAGUUAAUGCAUCACUGGACCAUUGAGGCUUACGACGAAUUAUCACAACGAGACGACAUGCGACACACCUGGAGGGUGGAAGCACCAAAGUUCGCUGUGACGCAUACCUUCUUGAUGCACGAGAUCCUAGCGUUCGCGGCACUUCACAAAGCAUCGAAGCUUCCUGAUAGACGCAGGGAGUACUAUACCUUAGGGAUUCACCAUCAGGAUCUUGCCAUCAAAGGCAUGCGACCGAAACUUCAGAACAUAGUCCCAGAGGAAACGCCGGCUAUUCUUGCCACAUCAACCCUUCUUACGCUGGGAGUGUUUGCUUCGACUGGAUUCGAGGCUAGCUGUGCCGACAUACCGUCGCCACCGUCUGCCAUUGAUGGCAUCUUGAAUAUCUUCUCGCUCAUGCAAGGUAUGGGUAACGUUCUAGCACUCGCGCACGAGAACGUACUUGAGUCGUUCCUUGCUCCAAUGUUUCGCGAUCCACUGGAGUCUACCCCUUCACAACCCUUGCUCCAAGAAUUGAUACAGCACUUGCCACAACUCGUUUCAUUCGUUGAGACAAAGCAGGGACUCUCAGAACAAGAACGCACCAACUUACUGAGAGUUAUCAAUGACUUUGAGCCUGUGCUCAAGCUCGCAAGUCCUCCGCGGGUAGACAACCGUGAACUCCGAUUCUUGUUCUUCUGGCCGUUGCAUCUCGAUGGUAGCUUCCUUGUUGGUGUGCAGCAACGCCACCCAGGCUCGCUUGUAGUUUUGAUGUACUAUGCUACUAUGCUGUUCGCUGCUGAGCCUCGAUAUUGGUUCAUGGAUGGAUGGGGCCACCGGCUCAUGAAAGCCUGCUACGAUAGUGUCGAUCAAAGCUGGCUACCAGUGAUGCAAUGGCCACUUUCGUUCCUAGAGGCGAGUCCCACCUGGAGCCUUUUCCAAGACUUAUGUCGAUUCCCCGGAGGUCUUGCACGGCCACAGGGGCCGCUGGUCCCAGCAUAUGCACAGCAAACACUACAAACUGUUCCUUUCCGCCAGCCUUCUCGAGACUCUUCAGACGCGAAAGAACACAGACCAGUAUCUACAUUGGAUCGUACUGGCCCUGCAGCUCAUCUAACCAGUCAGGUGCCUCCCUCGUAUGCGCCUCAGAUGACGAGUGCAUCGUAUCUGUCUCCAAUGUCUGACGCAGCAAGUGCUCAAAAUCAACCGACGGAGCAUGACCACAAAAACGAAUUCGAGGCUACAGCACACCUGCAGCAGCGGGAAGCAUCAUAGAAAAACUUUCUACCGGUCCACCUUGCACUGCAAGAUUGCACCGAGAUACAGCCAGCAACCUGAUCACAUCAAUGGACUGCAAAACUUUAGGGUGCCAGCUUGGACAUUAAUCGAGUAGAGUGUCAUUAUCGAAAAGAACGUUGCAACACAACCCAAGGAAAUAUAGGAUUCCAAAAUCCCUUCUGCUCAAUGCAUCAAAAUAAGGCUGAUCGGUAUUUGGGACGGUAAGCGUGAGCAUCACGUGACUUGAAGUAUUUUAAUGUUAAAAAAACAAACUCCCGCCAAAUACAACCGGAAACUUGCAGCUG